AAUUUUCUGCAUCUUUGGCUUUUGUCAUUGAUCUGUUGCAGGAUUCAUUUGUGCCUGUUAAAGCCUGUGAUCAGAAUAAAACAGGUGUAGUAAUAUGUGUAGUAUAAGGCGCAGUGCAAUUUAGUAACCAUUCACACCAUUUUACUACGAACACUGAAUACGGUUUACUAUAAUAGCAUCAAAAAUGAUUUAUUCAUCCAACCAUAAUCCAACCAUAAUCUAAAACAAGAUGCUGUAUGGACUAUAAUAUUUCAAAGCCCUCAGAAUAUCAUCUUAGAUGUGAGAAUAUUUGCAACGCAUGGAAAAAUACAUGUAUAGUCGGACAGGCUCAUGAAUAUUUAAUAAGCUGCGCGGUGGGCGUGGCCAGCGGACCAAUGAGAAGCUCCGCUGAGUCUCCGCAGUUCUCGUUAUUCGAACAGAGAAGGCGAGCCGACAGGACAGACAUCAGCCAACCCGAGCAGCGAGCUUCUGCACAGCACCGCUGGGUUUACAGUGAAGGAAAAGAGCAGCGGUCAUGUCCGAAGCGGCUCUGUCCCCAGCCGGGGCUCAAAUGCACCACCAAACUUUGAUGGGCAGCACUGGGUUGCAGAUUCGUGCCGCGCUGGAGUGCGUAUAAUGAAGGAUUUGAAGCGGAAGAAAGGCGCGCAAAGAUGUCGUUGCCCUUGCUGAAGAUCGGCGUUGUGCUCAGCACCAUGGCCAUGAUCACUAACUGGAUGUCGCAGACUCUGCCCUCGCUCGUGGGCCUGAACUCCACCAGGCUGAUGGCGGCUCCGCCUGUGGGAGCGGACCGUAGCACGGCUGUGCUGCCUGCGAACCCGGAGGAGUCGUGGCAGGUGUACAGCUCAGCACAGGACAGUGAGGGCAGGUGUGUGUGCACCGUGGUGGCUCCUCAGCAGACCAUGUGCUCGCGGGACGCCAGGACUAAGCAGCUGAGACAGCUCCUUGAAAAAGUACAGAACAUGACCCAGUCAAUCCAGACUUUGGACGAGAGGACACAGAAAGACCUGCAGUACGUUCAUCGAAUGGAGGUGCAGCUGCGUGGGCUGGAGACUAAAUUCAAACAGGUGGAGGAGAACCACAAGCAAAAUAUUGCUAAGCAAUACAAGGCCAUAAAAGCGAAAAUGGAGGAACUUAGGCCAAUGAUACCAGUGUUGGAGGAAUACAAGGCCGAUGCAAAAUUGGUAUUGCAGUUUAAAGAGGAGGUCAAGAAUCUGACGUCAGUGCUAAGCGAGCUGCAGGAGGAGAUCGGAGCCUUUGACUACGAGGAGCUCCACAACAGGGUGUCAAAUCUUGAGGAGAGGCUUCGUGCAUGCAUGCAAAAAUUAGCAUGUGGAAAACUAACAGGAAUAAGUGACCCUGUCACUAUUAAGACAUCCGGAUCAAGAUACGGAUCAUGGAUGACUGAUCCCCUUGCCCCUGACGGUGACACCAGGGUUUAUUACAUGGACGGGUACCAUAACAACCGCUUUGUUCGCGAGUACCCGUCCAUGGCGGAAUUCAUGAACUCAGAUAACUUCACCUCUCAUCGGCUCCCUCACCCUUGGUCUGGCACAGGCCAGGUGGUCUACAAUGGCUCCAUUUACUUCAACAAGUUCCAGAGCCACACCAUCAUUAAGUUUGACAUCAAGACGUCCAUGAUCAGUAAGUCCAGCCAGCUGGAUUAUGCUGGCUUCAACAACCGCUACCACUACUCAUGGGGUGGCCAUUCCGAUAUUGAUCUGAUGGUGGAUGAAGGAGGACUUUGGGCAGUGUACGCCACCAAUCAGAAUGCAGGGAACAUCGUCAUCAGCAAGCUAAACCCAAUUACAUUGCAGGUAAUCAAGAGCUGGACCACUAACCACCCGAAAAGGAGUGCUGGGGAGGCUUUUAUGAUCUGUGGAACUCUCUAUGUAACAAACGGCUACUCUGGAGGAACAAAGGUCUAUUAUGCCUUCCACACCAACUCCUCCACCUAUGAGUACAUCGACAUCCCUUUCCAGAACAAGUAUUCGCACAUCUCUAUGUUGGACUACAACCCAAAGGACAGAGCACUGUAUGCGUGGAACAAUGGACACCAGGUGCUGUACAAUGUAACUCUGUACCACCUUAUCCGCUCUGAGUAGACCCUGUCCGAGUGACCUUCUCAAGCCACGUGAGAUGUAGAUCUGAAGAAGUACUGAAGAGUAGAAAAAUAACCAGUGAUUGUUCAAUAAAAGAAGACGUCAAAAUAUAUUCAAAGUAAUAUUAGGCAAUGAUAUAAACAGCUGCCAAAAGGUUAUGCCUUUCUUUUUUAAUAUUUGGACACUGAGGUCACACUUUCUUUGAUUGUGUUCUGAAUUUUGUAUCACAGAGUACUUGUACAGCUUUGUCUAUGAAUAUGAAAUAAAGCAUCCUAUUGGUAGAGAGAGAGAGGGGACGUAUGGUACAGAAAGGAAGACGUUACUGUUUAUUUACACAAUCAUAGCCUUUGUAUCAAAAGCAAUCGAUAACCUUUCAACACCAACUAAAGAUAUGAAGGCACUGACUGUUGGAGGAACCCUGUUUAAAAAACAAUAUCGUUGUGGUUGUAUGUACCGUUUUGAUUUUCUCAAGUUUUGCAUGGACAUUUGAUAGCACUGAGGUUCACAUGGAUGUAUGUAUUUCCCAGUAAUAUGGCACAUGUAUAUGAAAAGGAGAGUAGAUUAGCAAUGGGUUUUCAUUAUUUGCUGUGUUUCAUUUAUGUCUACUUUUCAUUGACAUUAACCGUGCAUCUAAAAUUUCUUGUGUCCAUAGAAUUUAAAGUUUUUAUUUGGUAGUUUGGAAUGUAAAAAAAAAAGAAUUUAUCAAAACAAUUUAUCUAUGUCGGCAAAAAAGUAUUACAAUAGAAUGUAUCAAAAUGUAUCAAAAAUGUAUUUAUGAGAUAGCAGUCUAUACUUUGAUUGUAUUUCAAAAUUGACUUCACAUAUCAACUGUCUUCGUAGUUUAGAAGAGAUUGAUGGUGGCAUCUAAAACUGUUGCGCUUGCAUAUGUGUUGUAUCUGCAAUGUGAUUGAUAUCAAUAAAACCAGUCUUUAUUUUA